AUGUCACCGUCGGCGACAUCCGGCGUGCAGACGGCCAUCGGCACGGCGAACCCGGCAACGUGCGUGGCCCAGGACGAUUACCCCGCCGACUACUACUUCCGCAUCACCAACAGCGAGCAUCUCACUCAUCUCAAAGCUAAACUCAAGACGAUAUGUCAGGCAUCAGGAGCCGACAAGCGCUUCUUUUACCACACGGAGGAGCUGAUCGCCGCGCACCCAGAGCUCCUCGACCGCGCCACGCCGUCGCUCGACGCCCGCCUAGACAUCGCCGCCGCUGCCGCCCCGGAGCUCGCGGCGUCGGCGGCCAGGAAGGCCAUCGCCAGGUGGGGCCGUCCGGCCACCGACGUCAUCCACCUCGUCGUCAGCACCAACUCCGGCGCGCAGGCCCCGAGCGUGGACCACCGGCUGGCCCUGCUCCUCGGCCUCAGCCCCACCGUCCGCCGCACGAUGCUCCACCUCGGCGGCUGCUCCGCCGGCGCCGCCUCGCUGCGCCUCGCCAAGGACCUCGCCGAGAACAGCCGCGGCGCGCGCGUCCUCGUGGUCUGCGUCGAGCUCAACGUCGUCGCGUUCCAUGGCCCCAGGGAGGACUACCCCCAGACGCUCACGUGCCAGGCGGUGUUCGGCGACGGCGCCGGCGCGGUCAUCGUCGGCGCCGACGCCGUGCACCCCGUCGAGCGCCCGCUGUUCGAGAUGGUCGCCGUGUCGCAGACCGUGCUCCCAGAGACCGAGCACGUCCUCAACAUGCGGCUCACGGAGCACGGCCUCGACGGCCACAUCUCCAUUAAGGACCUGAUCCCUCUAGCGGCAGGCAAGGCCGAGGAGAACCUCACGGACGCAUUCCGGCAGCUUGGCCUCGCCGCCGUCGAGUGGAACGACAUGUUCUGGGCGGUGCACCCCGGCAUCCCGUCGAUCUUGGACCGAAUUGAAACGGCUCUCCGGCUGGAUCCCGGCAAGCUGGCGGCGAGCCGGAGGGUGGUAAGGGAGUACGGCAACAUGCUCGGCGCCUCGCUGAUGUUCGUGCUCGACGAGCAGCACAGGCGGAUGGAGGAGGAAGGAGACGGAGCUGAGUGGGGAGUGAUGAUGGGGUUUGGACCGGGCUUCACCAUUGAGACCAUGGUGUUGCACUCCCCAGAAGGAAUAAGAACUUACAUGGUCCACAUGAAGGUAAUUAAUUAUGUUUACAUAAACGUUAAGUCAACUGAGCACAAACUUAAUCAUAGCCAUGCUUCGUUCAUCAACUCCAGGCCUUGACCUUUCUUCUUUGUUCAACUUCAGGUCUUUUUUUUCUCUUUUUGUAUCCAUGAUGUCAGCUGUAAUCUAAGAAGUGCAUUCAUGAUGUAUUGCACACUCUGUUCCGUCACAUGUCACCUAUUUUAUAUGAUUUCAGUAUUUCACACAUAUGUCGCUUAAUUUUGUAAUAAAAGCAUUGUUUCAGUACACAUGUCAGGCAAUCCGUAUGUACACUGUCCUACACAAAACCAGAAGCAAGCUCAGCCUUCUUUUGGGCAUUUACAGUUCGGCAUAAACUCAAAAUUGGUGAUGCCUUUCAUAUCUCCAGUUGGAAGGGUAAAAUGUUCUCAAAACAGAGCUGUGUGGCUACAGUAUUCACACAGACCACAAGAUGGAGCUCAUUUCAAUUUGUAUUGAAAUGGUUGUGUAUGCGAGGCAUGCAUGCUACCCACGCCGCCUAGUCUCUACAAGCAGCAAAAUUAUGGAGUACAAAGAG